AUGGCUACUUCCCUUGACUCUGAAGACGAUUAUCAAAGGAUCGGCGCAGGUUUCUGCGGCACGGUCUGGGCACGAAGUCCAACAGGGCCUGCCGUCAAGCGAGAAGAUGGAGGACCCUCUCGAUCACUCGCCAACGACUUCACAAUGCACAAUCGAGCCUACGCGGCUUUCCUAAGCUUUUCAUACGCUAAGCGCAACAUGAGGAACUCCUCGACGCAGCUCCAAGCGCGCAUACCUCAGUGUCACAAAUACAUCACCCCACAGGACCAGUCCUGGUGGGAUACAAAUCUCCGAUGGUUCCCAGAUGGAUACACAGCCUGUAAUGCGAUCCUGUCUGAGCGAAUCCCACCUUUUCCCGAGCACACCAGACGUCUUCUCGUGGACAGGUACUGUCCUCCUGAGAUUCGCCAUGACAUUCUCCACAGCGCCAGUAAUGAAGCCUGCCUCAUCCGACCGUACAUCGGCCGGCAGCGCACCUACAGCACGGCGUUGAACGGCCGAUCGCGAUUCCGAGGGUUUUCCCUCCGCAACUUCCCGUUACAUGUCGACCAGAUGGCGGAACUGGGGAUUAGCACCGAGGAUGUCGACUGCUAUGCGGGCAUCAUGGGCGAAGCACUCGCCACAUUCCACUGGGUUGCGAAGAUGGAUGCGAACGACGUCGAAUUUGUUUUGGCUCCAAUUAGUAACGACGGCACCAACAUCAUCACAAAUAUUCUGGGGACACAUUCCAUGUGGGUCGUGGACUUUGACCUGUGUCACUUCAUCUCGAUGGACCUGAAAGGCGUUCAGCAAGCUGUCGAGGCUUUCUUCAAGAACGACCCCUUUUGUCCACGGCCGCACACGGCACACUGGCCUGCCUUCCGCGAUCAAUAUCUAAGUGCUACUGGAAAGAUUGCCCGCAUCUAUUAUAAGGAUGGGGUCGAUGUUAUAUUCAACCUGGCUUGUCAAUUUGUCGAGCUUGUGGAGUCGAGCAAGUGA